CCAUUUUGGUUUAGGGUUCUUGCGAUGGAGGAGGCUGGAUCGCCCGAGUCGAGCAAGAAGCGGCAGCGGGAGGCGAGCGCCGAGAUGGAAGCCAGCAUCCAGCAGAUCCAGCACAAGAUCGAGCAGUUCACGCAGCAGGUGUCUGGUCUCUUGGAGGCCGGGAAGUCCUUCUUCACCGAAGUAGCCAGCGCGUUCGAGGAGAGCGUCGUCCAAUUGCACCAGAAGCAAGUGGAGAAAUGGGAGGAGGAGAUUGGGAUGCUGCGCGCCGUGGAUGCCGUCAACGAGGAGAUGAGCGCCAGGCUGAGCAACGCGCAAUCGCUCAUCAGCAGCACCGUCACAGCUGUGGAUCACGAGUAGAAAUUUAAAAUGGAGCUAGAUUUUGCUCAAGAACCCUAAAAUGCCAGGGAAAUCUCUCUCU